UCUGGCUCACACACACCCUUUGCAGACCGGGCGCUUAGUGCCUAAUGGCACCGAAGUGACGGGGCGAGCGCUGCUCCAGCGCGCUGGGCCCCCGCCGAUGAACCCCUCCUAAUAGCGCCGAGGGGUCGGGAGGGACGGCGAGGAGGGGAGAGCCCGAGGGGCCGGCCGGGAAGAGAAGGAUAGCGGUGUGCGGAAGAGGACGGACCCGCGAGCAGCUUCACGGCUACCUGUCGACACAUGCUGUGCUCCAUGGCUAACUCGGGCUGCCUCCUUGUCUCCAACUCAGGCAUGCUUCCUCACUCUCUCCCCUGUCCUCCAGCCUUCCUCUACCUCCAACAGGGUAACCAGGACGCAACGGCUCCGCCGGACGCGAUGGCUCAGCCCUAUCCCCCGGCCCAGUACCCACCACCCCCCCAGAACGGGAUCCCCGCAGAGUACGCGCCGCCACACCCGCACCCCACGCAGGACUACUCGGGGCAAAGCACAGUACCGGAGCACGCCAUGACCCUCUACACACCAGCACAGAGCCACGCCGAGCAGCCGGGCACCGACGCCAGCACACAGUCCAUAGCAGGGACGCAGACGGUACCGCAGACAGACGAGGCGGCACAGACAGACAGCCAGCAGCUACACUCCUCAGACAACACAGACAAGCAGCAGCCCAAGAGGUUACACGUCUCCAACAUCCCCUUCCGAUUCCGGGACCCUGACCUGCGGCAAAUGUUUGGGCAAUUUGGGAAGAUUCUGGACGUGGAGAUCAUUUUCAAUGAGCGGGGCUCCAAGGGUUUUGGGUUUGUAACUUUUGAAACUAGCACAGAUGCCGACCGGGCACGGGAGAAGCUGAAUGGCACCAUCGUAGAGGGCCGGAAGAUUGAGGUGAACAACGCCACGGCCAGGGUCAUGACCAACAAGAAGGCAGCCAACCCCUACACAAAUGGCUGGAAGCUGAACCCAGUGGUGGGAGCAGUCUACGGCCCUGAGUUCUACGCAGUAACAGGGUUCCCAUACCCUGCCACGGGGACAGCCGUGGCCUACCGAGGGGCACACUUACGGGGACGAGGACGUGCCGUCUACAACACCUUCCGAGCUGCCCCCCCGCCACCACCCAUCCCCACCUAUGGCGCGGUUGUCUACCAGGAUGGAUUCUAUGGAGCCGAGAUCUACGGGGGCUAUGCUGCCUACAGAUACGCCCAGCCCGCAGCUGCAGCAGCAGCAUACAGCGACAGUUAUGGCAGAGUGUAUGCAGCAGCAGACCCCUACCACCACACCAUCGGCCCUGCCGCCACCUACAGCAUCGGCACCAUGGCUAGUCUAUACCGAGGAGGGUACAGCCGCUUCACUCCCUACUAGCAAGACAGACCCAGCCCCUCCCACCACUAACCCUGAGCGCUCACUAGCACCAAACCAAACCAGGCAGACAGAGCCGGGCCGGGUGCCAGAGGGACCGCGGGGCUGCCGGGGCUGGAGUCCACUGGGCUCUGCGGGGCCUUGGCAGCCCACGCCAUGGGGUUCCCUCGAGCCGCUCCAUCCCACCGCCCGCCUCUCCUGUGCUGUCCACCUGCCCCCGUGCAAUCCUGUGCCUCGGUGCUGCCCAGUGCUGUGGGGCCCCAGGCAGCUCCUGACCCUGGCAUUCCUGGGACCCUUGUCCCCAACAGCACCCACUCCCAAAGCUGGGCCAGGGGGUCCCCGGGCAGCUCCAGCAUGGUUACAAGC